AUUUGUUGUGUAACUAAAACCAUGGCGUUUCUGUACAAUGUAUCUAAAUUUAUCGUACUUAAGUGAAACUUCAGUUUAAAAUGUAGGGAGGCUAGCCCAAAAAGUAAAAACAUAUUGUGAAGUUUGCAAAUUUAGAACACUGAUUGUUAAUCCUUUAAACUUUAAGGACCAAUGGAGGUUGUUGGGUAAUCCUAUGAUAUUAGUGAGUUGGGUGCAGAAUCCAGCAUCAGAAUCCAAACAUGCAGGUGGCUCCAAUGUUAUUGAGUUUGUUUUUGGUUCUAACAGAGUACGUCCAAGUAAUAAUUCUGGUGGCCACCACGCAAAAAUAUCUCAACGAAAAUGGAAUAAUUGCGACCAUCGACGGCUACAGACCAAAUUGCCCUGGGUGUAUCAGAUUUGGGAUAGACGAUCUUUACGUUUACGGACGCAUGCACGUACCAAAAGAAAAACUUUAUCUGAUGGACAAAGGACGAUUUUACCUUGAAAUUUGUGGUAUGAAACGUGAUGGUCCGUGUUCAGUUUAUAAGUCUGAUUGGAUGACAUUCUGUAGUUUUAAACUACAGCUUAAAGUCGGAUGCGAAAAUAGGUUAAUGAGCAAAUAUAUCCCAUGCUGGUGUAAUAACACUAUUCCGAUGCAGUGGCUGGCUCAAAUUACCCACCCGUUUUUUGAGAGGAAAGAUAUGGCCUUGCGAUUCAUCUUCGAUCCAGCUCCGAACCCGAAUACUUUUGCAGACAGAGCUCCAUUUGAGAAAAACAACACUUUAUUCAUUCCCGAUCUUAUGGAGCGUGGCCACAUUGUCAACGUAACGUAUUCUAGCUCUAGAUCUACUAGCAAAUCUAGGUCCAUGUCACCGGAUCUUCUACUGGAAAUGAUGUUGGUUGUACUGGCAUUUUGUGCUUGUGGAUUCCCAUAAAGGCAUUCAUCUUCUUUGCAUUUUUUCCUAAAGUUUUGUUUUAAUUUGAAGAUUCUUUACUUUUUAAGAAUAAUAUUAUUGGCGGAACAACAUCGUCUAAAUUUAAAAAUAAAUACAUUAAAGAUCAAAGUGUUGAUUGAUAUACAAUAACACAAAAUAUCUAUGCUUUUUAUCUAGAAUAAAAUUUCAAGCCUAAAAAGUCAUUCAAUCUUUCGGAUCUAAACUUGAUUCCAUAUUUUCAUUAAAAUUAAUCAAUAUGAAAGAUUAGCAAAACUGAACAUUCUUCUACGCCACUGUUCGAAACGAUGUAGGCCUACAUGAUUGUAUUUCUUGUUGUUACUCUAAUUUUUUUAUGAUAAAGCCACCACUAUCCCAAACCUUGCUAUAAAACUAAUCAUAAUAUUAACAAUAAAUAUAAUUCAUGCUGUCCUUUAAUCUAAUAACAAAAGCCGCAUCGGAGAAAUACUUACGUAAAGAAAGAAACAAAAUAUUUCUUUUGAGUUAGUUCCCUUUAUAUCUAAAUUUGUCAUAUCUCAUCAUGAAUUUACUGACAUUACCUCGGUAGGAAUACUGAAACUCAAUACUAGAAAUCCAACAAAAUGUGGGAUAACAAGUCGAGUCUUCAUGUAGCGGGUCUUCUCUCUGCUCAAUAUUAAACAAUAUUACUCUUUCCCAUCUACCGUUUAGAAAUGUCAAUUAAAACUAUUUUUGUCCAUCUAUCGAAUUGUCAUAUUGUUAAAAUAUUAACACCACUUCAUACUUCAAUUUAAGCAAUUAAACCAUAUAACUAUUAUUUAAGUAUAAGCACACACUAUUUAAACAGAUAAGUGAUAAUUUAUGCGUGCAUUUCUAAUCAUAUAGAUAUACAAAACAAAUAUGUUAAUUCUUAUAUUAUCCGAAUCAUUUAAAAUUCACGAGUAGUUAAUCUCUUAUGCUGAAACAUACUAACUUUUAAUGUUGAAUACCUGCAACAGUCUGUAAUAUCCUCUUUGGUUUGUUAAAAUGAAUUGUAUUUAGAGAUUUACAAAUGACAUGCCAUUGUAAAUUAAUAUUAAUUUAAGGAAACUAGUUAAACCAGAACUUGAUUUAUGUUUUUCUACAAGGAUCUUCUGCAGAAAUAGUCAUUACACCGGCUACAUAAAUGAAUUAAAAUCAUUCUUGCCAGUUAAUCAUACUCAUACACUUGUUUUAAAAUUGGUAUAAACGUUUUUUCGUCAUUUUAUAGUGAUACAUAUUAUUCUAUAAAUGAUAUAUUAAUUUGUGCAGUUCGUUAACAAUAAGGCAUACCUCAUAUUAUUUUAUUCACAUACUAUUGACAUUUAUGAAAUAAAGAUUUUUUUUCAAAUU